AUUAAAGUCAAUUAUGUCAUUAUGUAGCAUUUAAAAAUAAGCGGCUGUUGUUAACAAUUAUUGGUUUUAGAGCGGUCUAGUACAAAAGAUAGUGAGAUAAACGGUUGGUUUUUAAUAUUGAUUUAUCAUUUUGUAAUUGUUAACUCUUUAAGUACCAUUAUGAAAUUACUGUUGUUACUUAUAACUGCUUCCUUUUUGCUUAAUGAGGUGCAUCCAUGGAGAAUUUUUCGAAAUGGUCGUAUGGUAGGUGGGAAUGUGGGUAUACCAAAACCAGACAAACGUAGAGAAAGUGUGAGAGAUAUUCCAGAACAAUGGUUUACACAAAGUCUGGAUCAUUUUAAUCCUACUGACGAAAGAACUUGGCAACAAAGAUACUUCAGUAAUGACCAAUAUUUUGACUCCACGGCUGGAGGGCCAGUAUUUAUAAUGAUCGGGGGUGAAGGAGAGGCAUCUGUGAGCUGGAUGACUCGAGGAAGUUGGAUAGACGACGCUGAAAAACAUGGUGCUCUUUUGUUCCAGUUGGAACAUAGAUAUUAUGGAAAAAGUCACCCCACUGAAGAUAUGAGCACUGAAAACUUAAGGUAUUUAACCAGCCAGCAAGCUCUAGCAGAUUUGGCCACAUUCAUCACAGCAAUGAACAAAAACUACAGUCUUCCAGCCGACGUAAAAUGGAUUGCGUUUGGGGGUUCAUAUCCAGGUUCCCUAGCGGCGUGGUUGCGUUUUAAGUACCCUCAUUUGGUCCACGGGGCCAUGUCCGCAAGUGGUCCUCUUUUAGCAGAAGUCGAUUUUUUGAAUUAUUUUAAAGUUGUUAGUGAAUCUUUGGCCACUUAUAGCGACGAUUGUGUCACAGCUGUACAACAAGGUGUUGACCAAAUCGGUACUCUUUUGAAACAAGAAAUCGGCCAGGAAAAUUUGAACGAAAUGUUUAAUCUAUGCAACCCAAUUCAAGAAUCUUUGGAAAAUCCGUCAGACAUAUCAAAUUUGUACGAAACUAUCGCCGACAAUUUUGCGGGGGUUGUCCAAUAUAAUAAAGAUAAGAGGAUGAAUAAUCGGGCGGCUGCUAAUAUAACAAUAGAUGUAGUUUGCGAAAUUAUGGUGAAUCAAACAAUUGGACCUCCUGUUAAUCGUCUUGGAAAAGUAAACGAAUUGUUGCUUAGUACUUACGAUGAAAAAUGCUUGGAUUAUCAGUACGAUAAAAUGAUCGAUUCUUUGAGGAAUGUCAGUUGGGACAGUGAGGCGGCGGAGGGCGGACGUCAAUGGACGUAUCAAACGUGUACAGAAUUCGGUUUUUAUCAGACGUCGUCAUAUGAGCCCCAUAUAUUUGGGGAUCAAUUCCCUAUCAGUUUCUUUAUCCAGCAGUGUGAGGAUAUUUAUGGUGAUAUUUAUGAUGCGGAUUUUAUUGAUGGGGCUAUCGAUCGUACGAAUACUCUUUACGGAGGUCUUGACAUUGAAGUAAGCAACGUUGUAUAUGUGCAUGGAUCUAUAGAUCCGUGGCAUGCCUUGGGAAUAAUUAAAACCGUGGACGAAAGUGCACCAGCGAUUUACAUUGAGGGAACUGCCCAUUGUGCCAACAUGUAUCCUCCAGCUGAUACAGAUCUGCCUGAGUUAACUGCUGCGCGCCAGCAAGUUUCAGAACUGAUUGACUCUUGGCUAAAGAAUUAAACGAUCGGAGUGAUAGUUCCGAUUUUUAUUAUAUACAAUGCGAUUCAAUUGAUAUAUAUUUUGUUUAUAUAUUUACAAUAAUUGUUUUUCCAACGUCGUCCACUUUUGGUCCUAUUGACACAAAAAAAUAAAUGUUAGGUACAUAA